AUGACUGAUAUCCCCGCAUUAGAAGGCAGAGAGGUUCAGACACAACACACGAGGCAGGACGAGACUGAAGACUGGGAAGUCGUCAUGGCGCCGACGAACAAGCAGUGGGUGAGCAAGCUGGAUGGAGUGGACAAGCUGGAGUUGGUGGAGGGCGAGAUGCCGGUGCCAAAGGAGGGCGAAGUGCUGGUCAAGAUUCAUGCCGUGUGCCUGAAUUACCGAGACCUGGAGGUAUGCAACGGCGAUUAUAACCACCAUCAGACGCCCACUGAUUCUCCCGUCGGCGUCGUUCCCUGCUCUGACAUGUGCGGCACCGUCGUGGAGAGCAAAUCGCCGCUCCUCGCCGCCGGCACGCGCGUCAUGUCCGUCUUUUUGCAGACUCACCUCGCUGGCGCCCUCAAGCAAUCUGACAUGGAAUCUGGACUGGGCUGGCCUUUGCAGGGCGUGCUCGCAGAGUAUCGGUGUUUCGAUGCCAGGGCCCUGGUUAAAGCGCCCAAGUACAUGACGGACGAGGAGGCGAGUUGCUUGCCGAUUGCGAGUGUGACGGCGUGGAUGGCACUGAAUUGGAUGAGACCUAUUGGCAAAUCUAUCCAGGAAUUGGAGCUUUAUGGGAAAAGCGGUGAUGAGAAGAAGGAUGACGAGAAGGAGACUGUGCUGCUUCAGGGGACGGGCGGGGUGAGCAUUGCUGGACUGCAGAUUGCAAAGGCAGCCGGCCUCAAGACCAUCAUCACGUCUUAUUCAGACGAGAAGCUCGAACAAGCGAAACAGCUCGGCGCAGACCACACGAUUAAUUACCGCACGUACUGGGAGUGGCAGGAUGGCGUCAUGGAAGCCACCGACGGAAAGGGCGCGGAUUACAUUCUCGAGGUGGGCGGGACGAAGACUCUGCGGAAGAGUUUUGCUAGCGUUGCGUUUGGAGGGACGAUCAGCUGUAUCGGCUAUGUUUCCGGCAAAGAGGACGACACUGGAGGUGAUGGCGGGGGGAAUGGUGAUGAUACAGAUAAAGCGUCGGGGUGGAACCGGUUGAACGUGAAUGUGUUGGCGUUGAGGAAGAAUGUGACGCUGAAGGGGUUGGUGAAUGGCGGGAGGGAUCGGUUUGAGGAGAUGGUUGGGUUUUAUGAGGACAAGGGGAUACGGCCGGUUGUGUGUAAGGUGUUUGGGAUGGGGGAGGCGAAGGAGGCGAUGGAGUAUGUUGAGGGGGGGAAGCACUUUGGGAAAGUUGUGAUUCGGGUGGCGGAGGGGAAAGAGUAG